AUGAGCAAUACCUCACUCAGUGGAAGUUCCAGUACAGGGUCCCAGGAGACAUCAAAGAAUGGAGAGGGAGAUAUUUUAGCAAGAAAGACUAAAGAAUCUCGUGUUCUCAAAAUUUUGGAAGAGAGUAAGCUCAUGGUGGAUAAUGCCAUUUACAACACAAUGAAAAGAAACAUAAGGAAAAGGGAAGUAAAUUCUCCAGCGCAGCUUCUAUCUUUUUCUAAGCUCCCGGAACCAACUAGCCGAGCGAUUUCCCAAGCCGCAGAGAUCAUGGACACUUCAAUACAAGCCAUGAACAGAAAGGCCUACCAGACACCUAAGCAAACACAGCUUCCAACUGAUAUUGUGUCAGCAGAACUUCUGAACACAAUCGCAAAUAUAUCUGGAUGCCUGCCUUACAUGUUACCACAAAAAUGUCCAAAAUCUUGCCUGGCAAACAAAUACAGACUUAUUACAGGAGCUUGCAACAACAGAGACCACCCUCGAUGGGGAGCCGCCAACACAGCGCUCGCGAGAUGGCUCCCUCCAGUCUAUGAAGAUGCUCUCAGCCAGCCGAGGGGCUGGAAUCGCAACUUCUUAUACAAUGGGUUCCCUCUACCCCUGGUUCGGGAAGUGACAAGACAAAUUAUUCAAGUUUCAAAUGAGGCUGUUACAGAAGAUGGCCAAUAUUCUGAUCUCCUGAUGGUGUGGGGACAAUAUAUUGAUCAUGACAUUGCAUUCACACCUCAAAGCACCAGUAAAGCUGCAUUCUGGGGAGGAAUUGAUUGCCAGCUGACGUGUGUAAACCAAAACCCUUGUUUUCCCAUACAGCUCCCCUUGCAGGACUCGCUGACCACGGGCGCUGAGUGCUGGCCCUUCUAUCGCUCCUCUGCGGCCUGCGGCACCGGCGACCAGGCCGCCGUGUUUGGAAACCUCUCAGGGUCAAAUCCAAGGCAGCAGAUGAACGGGCUGACUUCUUUCCUGGAUGCAUCCACCGUCUACGGCAGCACGCCCGCCUUGGAGAAGCAGCUAAGGAACUGGAGCAGUGAGGAAGGGCAGCUCAAGGUCAACCAGCGCUACCGGGAUGACGGCCGGGCUUAUCUGCCCUUCAUGCGACCCCGGGGGCCCUCGCCCUGCGCGCGGGAGCCGGGCGCGGCCGGUGCGGGGCGCAUCGAGUGCUUCCAGGCGGGCGACAGCCGCGCCAGCGAGGUCCUGUCCCUGACGGCGCUGCACACGCUGUGGCUGCGGGAACACAACCGCCUGGCCGCUGCGCUCAAAGCCCUCAACCCGCACUGGAGCGCGGACACGGUCUACCAGGAGGCGCGCAAAAUCGUGGGGGCGCUGCAUCAGAUCAUUACCAUGAGAGAUUACAUUCCCAAAAUCCUGGGCCCGGAGGCCUUCCAGCAAUAUGUGGGAUUCUAUGAAGGCUAUGAUGCCACGGUGAACCCAACGGUGUCCAAUGUCUUCUCCACGGCUGCGUUCCGCUUCGGGCAUGCCACAGUUCACCCUCUCGUGAGGCGGCUUGACGAGCACUUCCAGGAACACCCAGCGCUCCCCAGCUUACGUUUGCACGAGGUCUUCUUUAGUCCACGGAGACUUAUCCUGGAAGGUGGUGUGGACCCACUGGUCAGGGGCCUGCUGGCAAGAGCAGCCAAGGCGCAGGCGCAGGGCCAGCUGAUGAACGAGGAGCUGACAGAGAAGCUCUUCGUGCUGUCGGACUCAGGCACCUUGGAUCUGGCCUCAUUAAAUCUGCAGAGGGGCCGAGACCACGGUCUGCCAGGUUAUAACGAAUGGAGAGAAUUCUGCAGCUUGCCCAGACUAAAGACACAAGCCGACUUGAACACUGCCAUUGCUAACAGGAGUAUUGUUGAAAAGAUAAUGAACUUAUAUAAGCAUCCAGAUAAUAUUGAUGUCUGGCUGGGUGGCUUAGCUGAAAACUUCCUCCCAGGGGCUCGGACUGGUCCCCUGUUUGCAUGCAUCAUUGGAAGACAAAUGAAGGCUCUGAGGGAAGGUGACUGGUUUUGGUGGGAAAACAGACAUGUAUUUACUGAAGCGCAAAGGCAUGAACUGGAAAAACAUUCUUUAUCCCGGAUAAUCUGUGACAGCACAGGCCUCACCAGAGUACCAGCCGAUGCCUUUCAAGUUGGAAAAUUUCCUCAAGAAUUUGAAUCAUGUGAAAAUAUACCACAGAUGAAUUUAGAAGCAUGGAAGGAGACCUUUGAGCAAGAUGAGACGUGUGCUUUCCCCGCUAACGUGGACGAUGGAGACUUCGUGCGCUGUGACGCAUCGGGAAAGCGCGCCUUGGUGUAUUCCUGCCAUCACGGGUACGAGCUUCACGGACAAGAACAAAUCACGUGCACAGACAAAGGAUGGGAUUUCCAGCCUCCCACUUGUAGAGAUAUUAAUGAAUGCACCGAUCUGAUGGAACCUCCCUGUCAUCCCUCCGCUACCUGCAGGAACACAAAGGGCAGCUUCCAGUGUCUCUGUACUGACCCGUAUGUGCUAGGGGACGACGAAAGAACCUGUGUGGAUUCUGGAAGACUCCCCAAAGCCUCAGUCGUCUCCAUCACAUUAGGUGGCGUGCUCAUUGGCAGCCUGGCAGCACUGGCCUGGGUGGUCAUUUGCAAAUGGUGA